GAUCCUGUCUCAGAAAGAAGAGUGGGAGAGCAGGACUUGGCACCAACCCAGGAGAAACCCACCUCGCCUGGAGGGGCUACUGAGAGAAAGGCGAAGGAUGACAGUAGGCGGGUGGCUAGGAGCGCUCAGGACCUGAGCGAUGUUUCCAUGGAUGAAGUGGGCAUCCCACUCCGGAACACCGAGAGAUCAAAAGACUGGUACAAGACCAUGUUUAAACAGAUCCACAAACUAAACAGAGACACUCCUGAAGAAAACCCUUAUUUCCCUACGUACCAAUUCCCUGAACUUCCUGAAAUCCAGCAAAAUUCUGAAGAGGACAAUCCUUACACUCCUACCUACCAGUUUCCAGCAUCUACUCCUAGUCCUAAAUCUGAAGGUAAUUAAAGGAAAAUCAUGUGCC